UUACUCCGUAACCAUGGCACCCGCAUCAGCACCACUGCUGUCGAUACUCAAACAAACCCUUCAUGCAUUAAUAUCUCUCUGCCACAAACACUACAGGAACACACGUCACUAAGUUUCGUAUCUAAAGCGUUGUUAUCAAUCAAAACCUUCCCCGAUGCGCGAAACGUUUACAAUGCGAACGGACAGCUGCGGUUUGAAAGGUCGUUGUGCGUGGCGUAGUGACGACGCGCGCAGACGACGCGUCCACGCUACGGAGAUCCAGUUGACGACAGAGGCAAUGAGGGAGGGGAGGAUCCCUGAUGCUGAUGCGCUUCAUUCGAGGACAUCUGCGAUCCGAGACGCCCGAAUCAAACCGGUGGAGCCGAUGAUGGUCGCGGUGCUCGCAUCGGCGCAUUCCGUGGCUUCCUCCGAGUGGAUCAUCUGCCUGGAUAAGAGGCCAGCAGAACGCUCGGGGGAGGACGUGGACAUCAUUCUGGCUCGGCUGAAGGGCGUGAAAGCCUUCGAGAAGUUUCAUCCGAAUCUUCUGCAGCAGAUCUGCUUGUGUGGCUUCUAUGAAUACCUGGAGAAAGGCAUCACAUUAUAUCGGCAGGGCGAUAUCGGUACCAGCUGGUAUGCUGUCCUGUCUGGUUCUCUGGAUGUAAAAGUGUCAGAGACGGCAAACCAUCAGGAUGCUGUAACAAUCUGUACUUUAGGGGUCGGGACAGCGUUUGGAGAGUCGAUUUUGGAUAACACCCCUCGACAUGCCACGAUCGUCAGUCGAGAAAACAGCGAACUUCUGCGCAUCGAACAGAGGGAGUUUAAGAGCCUGUGGGAGAAAUACAGACAGUGUAUGGCAGCGCUUCUGGCCCCGCCGUACGGAGCGAUGGAUAGCGGAACAGCUAAUGACAGAAUGCCAGACAAGGACAACACAGACACACUCAAUUUUAUGUCCAAAAACCUCAACAAGGUCCCAACAGAAAAGAUUCUGAGGGCAGAAAAAGUCUUGCGUAAUGCUAUCCUGGCCAGAGCUCCUCACAUGAUCAGAGACAGAAAAUAUCAUCUGAAAACCUACAGGCAGUGUUGUGUCGGCACUGAGCUGGUGGACUGGCUACUUCAGCAGAGCUCAUGUGUUCACAGUCGAGGUCAUGCUGUGGGAAUGUGGCAGGUGCUUCUGGAGGAAGGGGUCCUAAACCACGUCGACCACGAGCUGAACUUUCAGGAUAAAUACCUCUUUUACCGUUUCCUUGAUGAUGAGGAGGAGGAUGCGGUGUUGCCUAGCGACGAUGAGAAACGCGAAGCUGAGGAGGAGCUGCAGGAGACUCUCCUCUUCCUCUCUCAGAUCGGUCCUGAUGCACACAUGCGAAUGAUCCUCAGGAAAACGCCAGGUCAAAGAACCGCUGAAGAUCUGGAGAUCAUUUACGAUGAACUGCUGCAUAUCAAAGCUCUCUCUCAUCUCUCAAACACUGUGAAGAGAGAGCUCGCUGGUGUCCUUAUCUUCGAGUCACACGCCAAAGCAGGCACUGUCUUGUUUAAUCAGGGGGAGGAAGGCACGUCUUGGUACAUUAUCCAGAAGGGAUCUGUUAAUGUUGUUAUCUACGGCAAGGGUGUAGUAUGCACACUGCAUGAAGGAGAUGAUUUUGGCAAACUGGCCCUGGUGAACGACGCCCCUCGCGCUGCUUCCAUCGUCCUGAGAGAAGACAACUGCCACUUCCUGAGAGUGGACAAAGAAGAUUUUAACCGUAUACUCAGGGACGUUGAAGCAAACACAGUACGUCUGAAGGAACAUGAUCAGGAUGUUCUGGUGUUGCAAAAGAGUCUUCGGCCCUCCAGCCAUGGAAACAUCCCCGUCCAUUUCAAGUACACUGUGAUGUCUGGCGCUCCAGAGAAGAUCCUGGAGCAUCUACUGGAGACAAUGCGACUGGACAUUCAUUUCUCUGAACCAGAUCCGGCUCUUGAUGACUUUGUGCUAAUGCACUGUGUCUUCAUGCCCCAAAGCCAGCUGUGCCCUGCCCUCCUCGCCCAUUACCACUCUCAGGCGUCUCAAGGCUCAGAGCAGGAGCGUCUAGACUACGCCGUGGCCACCAAGAGACGGGUGCUCAGUCUGGCCCUGCGCUGGGCUACCCUGCAGGGCCACCAUCUGCUGGAAGAUGAUACAGCGCUCAGCUUUCUGGAGGAGCUGCAUGGGUUCGUAUCUAAUGACGCGAGAGUUUUGCGUCCCCUGAAGGAGCUUCUGCCCGAGCUGGAGAGGAUCGUAAAGCAGUAUCCAGAUGAUGCGAGAACUUCUCAAAAAAAGCAUAAAGUUCUCCUGCGACAGUUCAGCUCUGGGGAAGAGAGGCUUGCGAAAAAGCAACCAAUCAGGAGCUUUGAUGACAUACUUUUGAAGGUUUACUGUAGCGAUCAUACUUACACCACCAUCCGUGUUCCUGUGCUGGCCACGGGUAGAGAGGUCAUCGCGGCAGUGGCGGAUAAACUGGGAUCCACGGAAGAGCUGCUCUUGAUAAACCUCAGCGCGUCUGGAGAAAAGCAGAUUUUAAAGCCCAAUGAUGUAUCAGUGUUCCAGUCACUGGGAGUAAAUGGACGAUUGUUUGUCUGCUCCAGAGAACAGAUUGACUUACUGACUCCUCUUCCAGAGCAGGAGGGUCCAUCUACCGGGUCUAUGUCCAGUUUUGAGCUAAUGAGCUCUAAAGAUCUGGCCUUCCAGAUGACCCAGUACGACUGGGAGCUUUUCAGCUGUGUGCAUGAGUACGAGCUCGUGUAUCACACGUUCGGUCGUCAGGCGUACAGACGUUCCACAGCGAAUCUGGAGCUGUUCCUGAAACGCUUCAAUCAAGUUCAGUUAUGGGUGGUCACCGAGGUUUGUCUGUGUGGAACCCUAAGCAAACGCGUUCAACUGCUCAAGAAGUUCAUCAAGAUCGCCGCCCACUGUAGAGAGUUUAGGAAUCUAAACUCUUUCUUCGCCAUUAUCAUGGGCAUGUGCAACCCAGCUGUCAGCCGGCUCAGCCAAACAUGGGAGAAAUUGCCCAGUAAAUUUAAGAAGUUCUACGCAGAGUUUGAGAGUUUGUUGGACCCAUCCAGAAAUCACCGCGCAUACCGCCUCACUGUAGCUAAAAUGGAGCCGCCAAUCAUUCCAUUUAUGCCCCUCCUCAUUAAAGAUAUGACAUUCACUAAUGAGGGGAACAGGACCUUCAUCGAUGGCCUGGUGAACUUUGAGAAGAUGAGAUUGAUUGCUAACACAGUCCGGGCGGUGAAGCACUGCAGGAGUCAACCCUUCAAUGCUGAAGCAUCUCCAGCGAGUAAGAAUCCACAUGAAGUGAGGAAUUACGUGCGACAGUUAAACGUGAUUGACAACCAGAGAAGCUUAUCACAGAUGUCCUUCAGACUGGAGCCAAGGCGGGGCUAAAGACCAAUGCGCUCUCUCUCUCUCUCUCUCUCUCUCUCUCUCUCUCUCUCUCUCUCUCUCUCUCUCUCUCUCUCUCUCUCUCUCUCUCUCUCUCUCUCUCUACCAGUGUAUAUCCAGUUUACAACAUCAAACUUGAUUAAACCUUACAUCUGUAUGAUGACUGUAUGUGCUAUCACUGCCAACUGAAUCAUAUGUUAAGAUGCAUUCUCAUGUGUAUGCUUGAUUGUGUGCCUGUAUGAUUUGCAUGUUAAAGACUUGAUCUGAAGGUCAGUUUGGCUUUGAUAGCAGGCAUUUGAGCAUCCAUAAGAUGAAUGCACUAAGUUGUAAGAGUUUGUGUUCUUCAAUCAGUUUUAGGAUAAUGUGAGGCUCUUCAUCUUGUUCAGUGUCUCUUGUGAUAAAGCGUUUCAUGACACUGUAAACCUGCUGCCUCUGUAUUUCUAUAAACCUGAACAAUCCUACAAAUAGCAUAAAAGUGUAGUGCAAGGCACAUGUGAUUCAUACAGAUAGCAAAGACACAACAAGGUGUCGUUCGCCACAAAAAAACUCCAAAGCCUCAGUGUCCAUUAGUAUGUUAUUUUACGUCUGUUAUAAAUGUCAGUAUUCUGGCUCAAGGACUAUUUUAUACCACCGGUUAAAUUGUGUGCUAGUAACUUACCUCCUGCCAUAGCCUGUAGCAUUAUUGAUGUCAUUUUGUAUAUUGAGUUAUAUUUGUAUAUUUUUGGACCCAUUUUGCUAAGUUAUCAUAAUUGGUCUCACAUGGCCUAUACUGUAUGUUUGUUCUCAUCCCGCCUUUUGGAAAAAGUGAGACGCUGUCUGUGUAGGACACUUAUUUUCUUUUAGGAAAAUGCCUACGCCUACCUUGUAAAUAGUAUAAGCUAAAUAAAUGUAUUGUUGAAGA